AUGAACGUCGAACAGCCCUUUUCUUCGUCCAACCGCAAGAUCGACCCGUCGCGGCGGCGCGCGACGCAAUUGUUCAAGCCGGACGGCACGCCGCUCGAUCCCGACCGGCUCGAAAUCGGGCCGACCGAUGUCGCCUUUGCCGAAUGGGAGGCGCUGGGAAUCACGCCGCCGAACGUCGAGCGGAUGCGCAAGGUGCGGCUCGACCGCACCGUCGCCGAGAUCAACAGGCGCGGCUAUGGCGGCUGCCUGAUGUUCGAUCCGCUGAACAUCCGCUAUGCGUCGGACUCGUCCAACAUGCAUGUGUGGAUCCUGCACAAUUGGGCGCGGGCCUGCUUUGUCGGCGCCGACGGCCACAUGGUGGUUUGGGACUACAAGCGCUGCGAGCACCUGUCGGCGCAUCUGCCGCUGGUCAACGAGGUGCGCGUCGGCGCGGGCAUGUUCUAUUUCGUCGCCGGCGACCAGGAGGACGCGAUCGCCGCCGAAUUUGCCGCCCAGAUCGACGAUCUGAUGCGGGCUCACGGCAAUGGCUCGCGGCGGCUGGCCAUCGACAAGAUGGAACUGCACGGCGCGCGCGCCCUGACCGCGCGGGGGCUCGCGAUCGGCUCGGGGCAGCAGGUGAUGGAGCAUGCGCGGCUGAUCAAGUCCGAGGACGAGAUCGCCGCCAUGCGCUGUGCGAUCGCCACCUGCGAGAUCGCCAUGGCCGAGAUGGAAAAGGCGUGCGAACCGGAAAUUGCCGAGACCGAACUCUGGGCGAUCCUGCACGCCGAGAACAUCAAGCGCGGCGGCGAGUGGAUCGAAACGCGGAUUUUGAGUUCAGGCCCGCGCACCAAUCCCUGGUUUCAGGAGGCGGGGCCGCGCCGGCUGCUUGAGGGCGAUCUUCUGGCCUUCGACACCGACCUGAUCGGCCCCUAUGGCAUGUGCUGCGACAUGAGCCGGACCUGGUUCGUCGGCGAUGGCGAACCGAAUGCCGAGCAGCGCGACGCCUACCGCGUCGCGUACGAUCACAUGUUCGCCAACAUGGACCUGCUGAAACCGGGCGUGACCUUUUCGGAGCUGACCGCGCAAUGCGUGCACCUGCCCGAGGAAUAUCGCGCGCAGCGCUAUGGCGUCUUCAUGCACGGGGUGGGCCUGUGCGACGAGUUUCCGUCGAUCUACUACCCCGAAGACUUUGUCGAGGGCGCGUUCGACUAUCCGCUGGAGCCCGGCAUGACGCUGUGCGUCGAUGUCUAUGCCGGCAAGGUCGGCGGCAGCUGCGGGGUGAAGCUCGAAGACCAGGUGCUGAUCACCGGGACGGGGUACGAGAAUUUGUCGAAUUAUCCGUUUGAGGAAAGGUUGCUGGGGUAG